AUGAACCGACUUGUGAAUACGCUCAUGUUUUUCAUGAGCUUGGGAUUGAAAGCCCACAGUUUACAUGAUCGGGGCAUGGUCUAUGGAUUUGACAAUAUUGAACCAUCCGCCAACCUCACAUGGACACCAUGUUUCGAUGCCUUGCAUUGCUCUAGACUGGAAGUUCCUUUGGAUUAUUCAAACAGAAGCCUUGGCACGACGUCGAUUGCGUUCAUCAAGCUGGCUGGCAAAAAUGCCACCGUUGAGUCCCCCAGCAUUGUACUCAACCCCGGUGGUCCAGGUGGUUCUGGUGUCGACCUACUCCUCACAUACCAGAAUCUCCUCGGCCAGAUGUUUGGAGAGCAGUACAACUUCGUCUCAUUUGACCCUCGCGGUGUGAACAACAGUGGCUUGUAUUUGGACUGCUUCUCGGGGGAUGCAAAAGCAAGGACGGCUUUCUAUCGACUGCACAGAACAGGCGCCAGCAAUAUCUCAUCAACAUCGCUCGAGGAACAGUACUAUUCAAGCUCUCUCUACGGCGAGUGGUGCAACAAUGCUGUCGAGCGCAAGUCACCCUACUCAUAUUAUGUGACUACGCCAGCAGUUGCCCAUGAUUUGCUCACAUUUAUCGAAGCCGAGGCUCUAUUGGCUGGUCAAUCACCAUCAAGCGCCAAAUUGUGGUGCUAUAGCAUCAGUUACGGCACUGUUAUCGGCAGCACUUUUGCUUCCCUGUUUCCUGACCGCGUUGGGAGAAUGAUCCUAGAUGGUGUUCUCAACGCAGAGCAAUAUUAUAACAACUAUUGGACGGAUAAUGUGGAACAAAUGGACGAGGCUAUAGAAGCAUUCUCGACCUUCUGCCAUUCCGCAGGGCCUGAAAAGUGCUCAUUUUGGGGACCCACCCCGGCUAACAUUACAGCAAGAAUGGAUGGCAUCGUCCGUCAGCUUCUGAACCAUCCAGUCCCGCUAAGCGGCGUCGGAGAUCAAGACCUUCCGACAAUGGUCACCUAUUCAGACCUGAAGACUCUUUUUCUCAACACAAUCUACACGCCACUGGCAAGGUUUCCAACCAUGGCCAACAUCCUACACCAGGCUGAGCGUGGGAACGUAUCUGCUCUUGCGGGCAUGUAUGAUAAGUCGAAUUCUAUAACUGAUGCCCGUCUCGCCAUUACAUGCACCGAUUCGUAUCGCAGGAACAGACUUACUACCAUGGAAGGGUUCAAGAUUUGGGCGGAGUACACGAUUUCCAAGAGCAAGUACAUCGGUGAUAUCUACCCUACCUUCCUGGAAAAUGAAAUAAGUGCACUAAGCAUGCCUACGUCCUUCCCGAUCCUCUUUGCGAGUAAUACCAUUGACCCUAUGACGCCGUUGGAAUCAGCGCGCAAGAUGUCUUCUCGGUUUGCUGGAUCGGUAGUUUUAAUGCAAGAAGGCGUUGGUCAUACGGUCAUCAACCAGGGGGGGUCAAAUUGUUACUUUGGACAUAUUCAGUCGUACCUCCAAGGCGCAGUUCCAUCAUCCAAUAGUACAUGCCCCCGACAGUACAUUCCUUUCAUAGAUACCUCCCCCCUUUAG